CCGGUUACAUAAUGACAGUGGGUACCCACUGUAGCUGAACCAUUAGUGAGUGAGAGAUAAGGGCGCUGAGGGAGAUGAUAAACAGAAAAUAUUUCCCUUCCAAUUUCAGUUUGGAAAACACUUUGCGGAAUUCAAAUGCUUUUUAAAGAGGAUAGCUUGAAGUUGAACAUUACAGCCAAUUGUAGCACGCAGGGAUUUUAAAUAUUCCAUCUCGUCUGUGUGGCUGCGGCACUUUCCUAUUGAAGGACCGGAGGAAAAGCCGAUGUCUGUGCUGUGCACUGUGAACUGCCUCUCUUUAUUUGUCUCUUUUUUAUCAAGUCAAGAAAUGAGGACAUAAAUUACAUUUAGCAAGGUGAAUUAUAACAUAGUAACCAGAUUAUAGGUUGAGUGAACCCUAUAAACUAUGGUCCUUCCCAUAUCAUGUGAUGGCAUUUAAAGCAAAUAGUAUCUGAUUGGUGCGCAGGCCUGUAGGGUACCACAUUCCCAUGGUGGAUGUCACUGAAUAUAUUUAUCAUUGGCCGUGCACGGCCAUGCUGGAGCACUGAUAAGGACAAUCGCCGCUGAAGCGGCUUUAUUUUUUGAUGUUAAAGCCUUGUGAGCCGGUUUCCGAACGAGUUUUCAUUUCUUUGGCACUUUACAAUACAUUCACACACACAUUGUAUACGUUGAUCAUUGCCCCCUUGUACAGUUGACUUAGUAAAAGUUGAAGAAACCAUUGCCCAUGCCACCGAGGACAUGCUUCAUAGGCUGACCCCACAUUUUUUUGACAUCGGUUUGCUAUGCUAACUUUAAUAUAUGCUUUCUUUUCCUGUAAUGUAGCCAUAGAGCCAGAGAUGCAGGGGACAGUGGGCUGUAGUAGCGGCGCUCUAAAUUUAGUCGCCCCCCUCUGCUUGUGAAGAAAAUACCAAUGACAACAGACAAACUGACUGACACCCACCCACCCCCUCAUUUAGUCUGGUGGGCCGCAGCCCCUCCGUACACCCUCCUGCGAACCAGCCGCAGUUCUCGGGAAGCGUGAGCGCCCACGCGGGUUGCACUACCCAGCCUGACCCGCCUGCCUCUCACCUUUCUGACUUGCUACCCCGAGGAGACAGACACAACUUGAGACUAUACUCCCCUCCCCCUCGCGGGUCCUUCAGGACAGUUCCCAGGGGCAGUUAUGUCACAGUUCUCCACCAUGACAACCAGGGAAAGGAAAAUGCAGGCUGCAGCAAUCUGCAGGGAGAUCCAAGCCCAGGAAGAUAUAGAGAUGGAUCUUGGGAAGAAGAUGUGCGUGCCAAAGGAGAUCAUGCUGGAGGAGCUAUCCCUCGCGUCGAACCGGGGCUCGCGUCUCUUCAAAAUGCGCCAGAAACGCUCGGAAAAAUACACGUUUGAGAGCAUCCAAAAUCAAAACAACAACCAGCUCAAUAGCACAGCAGAUUCCCACAUUGAAAAUGGGAAUGAAGCAGACAGCAGCGUCACUGAGGAGAACCUGAGCGUCAGCAAGCCAUCUGAAGCGCCGUCUGACACGCCGGAUACAAAAAUGGUGGCAGAUCCAGACACUAUCGCCCCGGGCUAUGGAGGUCCUUUGAAAGAUAUCCCUCCGGAGAAGUUCAACAGUACAGCUGUGCCAAAGUCCUACCACUCACCCUGGGAGCAGGCGAUUAUCAACGACCCGGCCUUGGCCGACACGCUCGUCACCCGCAUGCCUCACUUGGAGCCCAGGGCAGACCUACCCGGCUACAAAAGCUUCAACAGGGUGGCCAUCCCGUUUGGCGGUUUCGGAAAUGCGCCCAAACCUGCUCCCAUCAAGGCCGUCCAGGUCGAAAACCUCCCCGACCUCGCCGAGCUGCAGGGCGACGACGGGGUGAACCGGCCUUCCUUCAACAGAGCCGCUCUGGGGUGGGUGUCGUCCGGCGGUCCCGUCUCCCUCCCGUCCGUCUGCAUUGAGCCUGCGCUCAUUCCUGAGUCAGACGACCUUUGAACCCGUGGUGAAGUCACACAGAGAUGCCGUCUUCUUCGUUGCUCCACCCGAGGUUACAGUAGGUGGCGUGACGUAAGAACGGAGUGAGGGUGAGAGAAAACAUGCUGUCGGGUGUUGCUGAUUAGCAUGUCUGCAACCUUGUUUUUUUUUUUUUUUGUCAGUGAUGUUAAAUAUUGCACUGCAGGGAAAGUCAAUAAAGAACACUUCGUACAGUAGGCAAACAUUCUUGUAUAUUAAUGUGCA